AUGAUCAUCCCCAUCCGCUGCUUCAGUUGCGGAAAGGUGGUCGGCGAUCUAUGGGAGUCUUACCUCGAGAAGCUUGACUCUGGCAUGUCCGAUGUGGAGGCCAUCGACGCUUUGGAGCUUCGACGCUACUGCUGCCGCCGAAUGAUUCUUACCCACGUCGACCUUAUUGAGAAACUGCUCAAGUACGUCAACUCACAAGCCGUCAUGGAGUGGCGCCGCGAAUUCCACAAGAAGCAGGGGUUGGAGCGCGCCGGUUGA